GAAAUAAUAAUGCUGUGGCAAAGCAUUGCAAUGGUCAUUGAUAUGCAUUCAAACACUAUGUAGUUGUUGAAGCACCUCAAUACAAAGCCUCUUUAUUAUUUUCGUAAAUAACUUCACAGCCUACGAUUAAACGAUUUGCGAGAGUUAGUUUAAUUUGAAGACUGAAGUCAGGUUAAGUUAUUGAGAAUCAAAAGGUGUCAGAUAAUUUUUUUUGUUCAAGUUCAUUGCUGCUCAUAAAUGUACGCCGGUGAUCUCAUAACGAUUAGUACUGUGAACCUUCAUGUUUUCGAUUACAAAGCGUUCUGUUCAUUGCUCUCUUGUUUUUAAAAGUCAUGUAGUUGGAUUUAUCUUCAACAUAUGCAAAUUCACUUCAGAACGUAGCAAUCGUAUGUUGGUGAUUAGCAUAGAAAUGAAUUUCCUGACGUUCCAGUUCCAGUCUUAAUAUAUAAUAUAGUCAAUUCUAUCGACUGUAAACAGAAACUGAUUAAAGACAAUAUGUGAUAAUCACCCUACAUCAAAGUUAGAAUUAAUUUGGAAAAAAUGGACUACGGUAUUCUCAAUACAGGACCGGGACUUGGAGGAUAGAAGUUCGACUUCAUGUGUAGUCACAGAAGUACAUUUGCAAAGAUUUUCAAACUAGAAGAACGGCUUUCUAGUGCUGAUACGCAGUCGUAUUUUGUCUAUUAUUAAUUCGUGGUACUAAGUAUUUUCAAUUUACAUGAGAAAUUCCCUAUAUGUUUAGGAAGUUGAAAAUGAAUGAUAGUGAUUUCGUCCCUACAUAUAAACCAAACGAUAUCGCCGUUAGGUUGUCUAGUGAAUUUCAUCAUAUUUUUGGUAAUAAAUGCAGUUUUGUAGUACGAGCUCCUGGCAGAGUAAAUCUUAUCGGUGAACAUAUUGAUUAUAAUGGUUAUCCUGUAUUACCGAUGGCAUUAGAACAAGCAGUUUAUUUGUCUGUAGGCCUAACAUCUGGAUCUGAUGUGGAUAAGAUCGUUCUUAAAAGCACAGAUACUCAAUACAGGCCUAUUAAAAUUUCGAUUGCAGAAGCUAUUACAUUUGGUUGUGAAGGAUCUCCUGACUCACCUGAGUGGUUUCAUUAUUUUCAAUGUGCAUAUCGUGGAGUAAAAGACUAUGUAGACGAGUCAAACUUGAAUUGGAUUCCUCCUAGUAUAAAUGUACUAGUUGGUGAUGUUACAUAUGGUGGUUUAUGGCCAGCUGCUGGUCUUUCAAGCAGUAGCGCUUUUGUAGUUGCUUCUGCUAUAGCAAUUAUGCAAAUAUCUGGCUUACAAAUAAAUAGACAUGAAUUGGCAAGGUUAUGUGCGAAAUGUGAACAGUAUAUUGGUAUUCAAGGUGGUGGAAUGGAUCAGGCUGCAAGUGUCUUAGCAGUCGAAAAUAAUGCUUUAUUGAUUGAAUUUACCAAACCAUUCGUCACAGUCAGUCCUAUACAAUUACCAUCUGAUAUAGUUUUUGUGAUAGCUCAUUCAGGCGUACACGCUCGUAAAGCUGCUACAUCACAUUAUAAUGAACGUGUGACAGAAUGUCGAUUAGCUGCUAAAAUAUUAGCUCAGAAUUGCCCACAUGCAACUGAAUCCUCUAAUUAUUCACCCACCACACCGUUAUGUCUUAGUGAUACACAAAAAUUAUGGGAAGCGGUUUCACCGGAUGAAAUGAUACGCAUCCAAGAGGAUGGAUUAUCUAUUGUAACUAGAUAUUUACCAAGUGGUAUUAUUAAUCGAGAAAAUCUCUACAAUUUUGGAUUAACUAGUUCAGUUAUUGAAGGAUGCCUGACAGACAAUACCAAAACAAUGAACCACUUCAAUUUAAGAGAUCGUGCAGAACAUGUAUACUCUGAAGCUGAACGCGUUUUCAAAUUUUAUGACAUAUGCAAAAAGAUAUUAAGGACUAAUGAUACACAGACUAACUCUAUCGAUUAUAUGCAAUUGCUAGGAGAUUUAAUGAAUCAAAGUCAAUUAUCUUGUGCUAAUCUUUAUCAAUGUUCUUGUGAUAAAUUGGAUAAAUUAAUAAGUGUAUGCAGAUCAGCUGGUGCGUUUGGUAGUCGGCUAACUGGUGCAGGUUGGGGUGGUUGCAACGUGUCAUUGGUAAGAAAAUCGAAUGCACAGCAAUUCAUUGAAAAAGUGCGCAAAGAAUUCUAUAAUGUGAUUGGUGGUAACAGUGAUAACGAUUUGAUAUUCAUUAGUCAACCAGGUCGGCCAGCUGGAAUCAUGUUUAUGCAAUGAAAAAGUGAUUAGUUUUUUUCAAACAUCAUAUCGUUGUUGAAAAUUUUUUUUAAUUUCUUUGAUUUGAACUUUAACUUAGAAAAGAAUUCGAUUCAUGUUCAUUUAAAUUAUGAAAUAAAAUGUUUGCAUGUUCUUCUAAAAAGAAACCGUUCCAUUUAUUUUAGUUGGGUGUAUAUGUGGGUUCACGAAUGAUUGUUUGGUUUAUUCAGUGCUCUUGCUUUUCAUUUGUUCCUUAAAUAAUGUCAGAUCAUCACGAAAAGCAUCUUUUUAUUGGUCUAAUCGCCAUUUACUAAUCCAUCAAAAUAUCAUUCUCCUUAUGCAGUUAGAAUACGAGAAAUUGUUUGUUGUACUCUUUGUUCAAUAGACUUACUGUUUGUCAAAUUAAAGCAAAUCUACUGACUCUUAAUUUAACAUAUCAUUAAAAAAUGGUCCUUUCGCUAUUAUGGUUUUUCAUUUAACUAAAAUUGUUCUCACUUCUUGUCAAAGUCUGUUUGUAUCCUACUGUUGUUAUGUAAGAUUUUAUACCGUGUAUCAAAUCAACGGUUCAGGUUGAGCAAUGCAGUAUUUUACAUCCUUUUUUAUGUAAUUAUAUUUAAUAAUGGAUAUCCUAUAGUCAGCUUAGAUGAAAUCAUCAUCAACACUGACUACAUACAAGAAAGUCAAUCAUGUGUAAGUUGUAGAAUUUUUACUACCAUUUCUGUCGAUCUCGACAACUACAAUUUUGUCAGCAAUUGUUUUUCAAUAAUAUAAGGCAAGAAAGAAUAUGUUGUGAUGUGAAC